GCAUUUUCAUUACCAAUCAACAAAAUAUUAUCAAACCACAGAAUUUCCACCUACAAAUACCGCAGCAGCAACGCUACAGCGCCACAGAUGCCAACAGAGACAGUCAAGCCGUCGCGGCACUGGCAACAGCCGACGGUCGAGGCUUGUCUGUGGCGCAGCGCGUGACGAGCAGCGAAAGUGCAGAAUGGCAGCAGGUAGCUGACAAUAAGCUGCCUGAGAUGCGGCGUACUGCUGAUGAGCAACAAAUACAAAUACAACAAAAAUGUGCCAAAUUAAAUUGUGCUGCCGACGCUAGCGGAAACGCCGCAGGCGCACAACACUCAUCCUUCUCGUCCUCCUCCUACACCACUUCUUCUUUCGCCACGAGUAAUGCUCAAACUCGAACAGCACAUGCGGAUGCAAAGAAUGCACAUAGUGUUGGCCAAGCAACAAAAUCAAAUAACAGUUAUAAACAAAAACAAAAGCAACAGCAACCAUUCGUAUUGCCUUCAUUGCGCGCGCGUUACGGGAAAGCUGCUGAAACGCCCUCGACACUGAGCGUACGUGAAAAGCUCUCAGCACAUACGCACUCUGCAGAAACUGCAACCCACUCGCGAGAGCAAAAAGGGAGCGCAAACGUAUGGAAGCAAUCCACAACGACGACCGCAAAAGCCAAGUGGUCAAAGCUUUUGAAGUCACAACAACAGAAAGUACACACUGCUCACCGAAAUCAACACAAAGAGGUGAGACGCCACCGCGCGGCGGUAGCGGAUGCGGGAUCGCGACAAGCACGCGAAAGUGCGCAAAAUCUGCGUUGGGCGCAUGAAACCAGCGCUGCCAUAAAACGUCGGCUACGACGCUCCAACGAUGCCAUCUUCCUACUGCCGCCGCUCAAUUUUGAUGGCAACGAGCAGCAGGAAAGCCUCAGCACCGAGCUGCUGGACGAUGAGGAUGACAGUGAUGAGCGUGUGCAUUUAGCGCGACGCGCAAUUAGUGAGAGUAGCAGUGAGCGCGCUGCAAGCACUACAACGCAACAAGCUCAACAGGCAGUGCCGGGCAGACAAGACGGCAACUCACUGCCAUCUGCCGACACAGAUGACGUCGCUGUAUCUACAUCCGCCGCGGUUGCUUCUUCGUCCGCCUCCUCCUCCUCUUCUUCGCCCUCAUCCUCUUCCACCGCCGCUUCUUCUGCACUCAGCACUUCUUCGCUCGAGGAUUUUAGUUUUUCUUCACCCGCUGCAGUUUUGCCACACAGCAACAUCUAUCUCAACACCACCGCAACACAUCAGACAUAUUCCGUGGAAGAUGUUGCUAAGCCCAUUCAAUAUGUGGCGCUAAAGUCGAAACGCGCACGUUCGGCUGUUAGUGUUAGCGUGCCCGCCGGAGUGCUGCGUAAACCGAAGGAACCGAUUAUCAUAAUCGAUGAUGUGGAGGAAUUUGAUAGUGGCACCGAUCGCGAACACGAUCUGACUGCUAUAGCCACAGUGGAUGAUAAGAGUGAGGAUUACUCUCAUGAUGAGCCAAUCGAGCCACGUAUGCUGCCACUGCGUCCAGUGCUGCCCAAUCCUUAUGAGGAUGAGGAAAUGUCCGUGGUGUAUGCUGAACAACAUUCAGAGAUACGACUGAUGUGUGAGGUGGACUUGGAUAUAGCGUCGAGUACGUGGUACAAAAAUGGACAGGUGGUGCAUGCCAUGGAUCGCACCUCACGCGCCACCGAUUAUCGUUUCAUUAAAGAGCCAAAUGGCGCACUCACCAUCACCAAUGUAAUGCUCGAGGAUGAUGGCAAGUGGCAGUGUGAGGCGGAGAACUCGCGCAGAUAUACGGAGAACGCGAGGCCCGUUAAAUUGGUGGUAUUAGAUCGCCCCAAGCCGCCAUAUUUACUGAUCGAUUCCCGGCGCCUGGAUGCAGGCAACAUUUUUGUGCCCGUCAAAGAGAACUCUGAAUUGAAUUUGGCCUGCGUCAGUGAGGGUGGCAAUCCGAAGCCGACACUCACGUGGGAAGUGUUGCUCAGUCCGGGUGUGGAUCGGCAUGCACAGAAGGUGUCCGCUGAGGUGUUGGAGUUGGAGGAGGUGAAAAAUGAUAAGGAUAAAAACACAUACAAGAUCAAUAGCGGCGCGAAAAGUGAGGCCCGCUUGCCGGCGGUCUAUCGUGCCCAUCACAAUGCCCGCAUACUGUGCGUUAUGGAGCAUCCGACGUUGAAGAUACGCCAAAAUGCAUCACUGCUGCUGGAUGUGCAAUAUACACCAUCAUUUGCCAUUUCACGCACCCCGGGUUUCGGCUAUCCACUUCGUGAAGGCAUUGAAGUUUCACUGAAAUGUGAUGUUGACUCAAAUCCGCCAAGUACACCGCGUUGGCAGAAAGAUGAUGGUGAUACGCCGGUUCCGCAAACUGGUGAUGGUUUCCUAAAUUUCACAUCGAUACGCCACGAACACUCCGGCUGGUAUAAAUGCACGUCACGACAUUUGAACUUUCAAUACUCAUCGAUUGGCUAUUAUCUGAGUGUGAGAUAUGAUUCCGUCGAUGUCACCUCCGAGCCAGACGAUCAGGAUGUCUCCGUAGCAGCAGCAUCACAUAAUCCCAAUAAAGGACAGUUGGAGGUGCAAUUAGGUGGCGCUGUGACGUUGCAGUGUCCGCAAGGUUCCUUAGGCUGCUGGUCGCAUUUGGAUCCGGUAACCGCACGCUUACGUGGCUUAGGUCAUGGCCUUACCACACCCACCGGUCAAUUUUCAUUAAAAGAUGUUGUCUAUCAUGAUGCGGGUACCUACAAAUGCAUCGGUCAAUCGCCAACGAAUAAAAAGAAGCUCGAAGUAUUACAAACAGUGGGCGUGACGGUGAAAGGCUCUCCCACCGUUGUAGCGCGCAAUUCAACGCCCGUUGCCUACCCGGGCUCACCACUGCACUUAGCAGUCGAGUUCUGCGCCAAUCCACCAGCGCACGCGGCACGUUGGCUGCACGGCGAUCGUGUCUACACGCCGGGUAAUCAAUACGGCAGCACUGUAUUGGCUUAUGGCGUCACGGAUCUGCCAACGCCAUACUGCAAGGAAGCGCGUCUAACCUACGUAAGCAUGCAUGAGCGUGUGCCGCGCACUUUCUAUUUUAUAGUUUCCUCGCCAGGUGGCGUUGCUGAAGCCACAUUCAAGGUGAACUUUACAAUGCGUUAUCGUGCCGUCUCCAAUGCGGUCGACGAUGAAGAGGAAGAGCUGAGCGAACCGGAGGAGAUACAUUUUCCCGUCUUUGGCGCGGGUGCGACGGCGCUUAGUGGGGGACGUGAGAAUGGUGUAGGUGUGGUGGCGACAUGCGUACUAACGACGCUUGUGCUGUUGAUUGGUGAAGUGUGUGCACGAGGUAGGCGUGGCUGGAGUUAGGUGCGGCAGUAGGCAAGUCGCUGACAAUUUUUUUUUUUUAUUUAAGGUUUGAGAUAUAUUUUUGUUUUAUAUAUUUUGAAUUUUUUUUCUAAAUUUUAGCUACCUAACGACACUUUCAACUUAGCUUAUAAUGUCAACUACAAUAUAUAUAUACAUAUAUUUGAGUAUAUAUGUAUGUGAAAAGUAUUAGCGAAUACUAUAAAACAAUACUAUUAGCUACUAAACUAUACGCAUACUUAUGAGGAAAAAAAAAACUAUGCUAAAAUAUCCUAAACCCCACUAUUUAUUAUAUAUGCAUACAAACGUAUGUAUGUCUGGAGGUGAAGAAAAAAUUUAAAUUUUCCAAAACACAAAAAAAAUACUAGAAUGUGUGCUAUCCUAUCCUUAGCUAUAUACUGUAUACCUACAAACCCUUACUAAACGCCUAGAAUUUUAAGUGCAUACUAAAUUACUACAUACAUACUUACUUACUUCUACGGUAGCAUAUUGAAUUAUGUAGCUCAAAAAAAUAAUAAUAAAUAAAUAAAAAAACAACUUAACCCCCCGCUAGCAAAACAAAGGGUAAUUAUAUACUUCACUUAUUACAUCUUAAUACAUAUGUAUGUACAUACAUCCUACAUACUCAUUUAAGCCUAGUACUAGUAAAGGUUUUAGUGAUUAGCUCUCAAAAAUUACGGUUUUUUUUUUGUUGUUCAAGCUUUAGCAUGCGCUUGUUGAAAUUAACUCCCAAGUUUAUGCUUAGUAAUGAGUUUCUUGUUGUACAGUUGCACGCUCAAUUUUUUCCUGAAGCCUUUUGCUUUUAUAAUAUAUAUAUUUUUUUUC